UUAGAAAAUGCAAGUUGACACGUGAUGGGGAAUCCCCGCAUCCCAUAAUACACUAUUGGCUCACUGCUAGAAGCGAAGGCGGAAGGAGAAUCAAGGAAAAAAAUGAAGAGAAAAAUCCCAUCAUUUUAGCAGAUCAGAUGGCAAACUCCAAAGAACUACAACCAGGAGGAGACAUUCUUUCUAUUUGUCGUGCUCUGGUGUUUAGAUUAGACGGACAGACCAAAGAAUGGCAUGAAACAGGAGGAACAUCUAAAAUAUGUUUAUUAAGGACACCUAUUGUUUAUCAGAUAGAAGGCCGUUUAGAGUCUACGGGACAGGUGACAAUCAAGGUAACAUUGGGACAAAAUAAUGAAUAUUCCAUGAUAGAUGAUGAYCCUAAUUGUUACAGACUGACCAUCAGUCCUCAAGAAUUGUACAUAUUUAGAAUUGCUGCAGAUAGCGACAGCAAAACAUUUUCAUUUUUACUGCAGAAUGUUUUACGGACAUUGAGAGAGAAACAAGAAAUGAGACCAGAGGAGGCUCCUUUAUCACCACGAGAGGCUUGGGUUGGAGAAGCAGCUCCACCUUCACCUCAUCAGCCAAUAUCAGAACAACUUCUUACAAGUAGUAAUCUAGGUAAUAGAAUUCCUUUGGCAUCAAUGCAUGCGAGUAGCAGGCACUUAGUAAAUCCACUAAAUCCUCCAAUAACAAGCAUAUCAAAAGUUAUGUCAUCAAGUACACCAAGUUUAAGUGAGAAAAGAACUGCACAGAAUCAGCAAACAAUAAGCACUUUAAAUACAUCAGCACUUAGACCAACAUAUUCACCAGAUCAGAGAUAUACGGCAGCUACAGCUGUAAGGAGAUCAGAUUUUGAAGCUCAAAUUGAAGCUUUAUGUGAACAGCUAUCUCGUGUAAUURGUGAGGGUGACGUGAAUGCAGCAUCGGAAAUUGUUACAAUCAUGGCUCAAGAACGAGUACCGCUGAGCAUCAAGAUGAAAAACCCUAAAGUCAUAGCUGUUGAGCAUGGAAAUGAAACCAUUGAGUUGAGAGUCGUAGUGGAAGACAGAGAAACGUCCGGAGGAGUAUUCGUUAUGAAAGUAUUCCCAAGCACUACAAUACAAACACUCCAAGAAGAGGUCGCCGAGAGGUUUGGCUUUCCUCCGAACGUACAAAAAUGGAUUAUUGGGAAAAUGAUGGCGCAACCGAAGCAAACGUUGGCCGAUUGCUACGUUAAAAAGGCAGGACACACUGCGUUUCUUUAUUUAAUUUCCGGUAAAAGUGCAGGCCUUACAAGAGGAGAACUUGAACGRUACGUAAAGAGAAACGAAGACAACAUUAUUUCCGCGCUAGGGCAACAGAGUCCUAAUGGCACAGUGGACAAUGUUGGCGUGACGUCUCUACGGGCGGUCACACCACAGUUGUCAAGGACAACAAGUAUGCCGAUGCUUCAUACCGCAGGAGUACCAAGAACUGAAGCAUUUGCGUCUCAUUCUGUCACUGUUGAACAGCCUACGAGAUCAUUAAACCAAAGCCAUCCUAUCAACCAAGGGGAAAGUCUAAACAGUAGAGAGCAAAGGAUUCUAGGUGCCUCAAAUAUAUCUGUAAUUCAAGAAGAACUUCGAAGAGCAGCAGCCAUGUCUUCUAUGAUGGAGGAUGAUGUAUUAAACCAGGGUCACAGUAUUCCUGUAGAAGAUACAGAAGAGCUACCGCCGGCGGGCUGGACGUGUAAAGCGUGUACUUACAUCAAUACACCAACCCGGCCGGGCUGUGAGGUUUGUGGAGGGGACAGACCAGAGGAUUAUGUUGUACCGGACAAUAUUGUGAUCAUGGAACAGGAGAGGAUCAGAAUCGCCGAGGAACGCAGACAACGGGAGCUUUUUGACCAGGAACAGGAGCAGGCUGUCGCACGUGAGAUGAACUUCCAACAGUUAGUACAAACAGCGCAACAAAAUCUUAUACAAAAUACCGAGGAGUUUGACUGCGCGAUUUGCUUCACGACAGUGUUACCGGGAGAGGGAGUGGUACUUAGAGAAUGUUUACACUGUUUUUGUAGGGAAUGUYUAAGGGAACACAUACGUAACUGUACCGAUCCRGAGGUCCAGUGUCCAUACCAAGAUGACAGAUUUGCUUGCCACUCUCUUAUUACAGCUCAGGAGAUUAAAUCUCUUUUAUCUCCUGAAGACUUCGAUAAAUUUCUCAACCGUAGCCUAGCAACAGCAGAAAGUCAAGCUGCAAACAGCUUCCACUGCAAAACACCUAAUUGUCCCGGAUGGUGUAUCUAUGAAGACAACUUGAACAUCUUUCAMUGUCCUGUCUGUGGUAAACAAAACUGCCUGACUUGUAAAGCACAACAUUUUCCUGAAAUGAACUGUAAAGAAUAUCAAGAUGACUUGAAGAGAAGAGCACAAAAUGACAAAGCAGCACAACAAACACAACAGUUUUUAGAAAACAUGAUYACUAAAGGUGAUGCCAUGAAAUGUCCGCAAUGCGAGAUUAUUCUUCUGAAGAAGGAUGGCUGUGAUUGGAUGAGGUGUAGCAUGUGUAGAUUGGAGAUUUGUUGGGCGACGCGGGGUCCUCGAUGGGGUCCACAGGGUGUUGGCGAUAUCUCUGGAGGCUGUAAAUGCAGAGUAGGAGGCAAGAAAUGUCACCCAAAGUGUCAGAACUGUCACUAGAAAUAGGUCUGCAAUAUAUGAUCUAACAAGUCAUGUGAUUGUAUAUAUAUUCCACUGCAUUUGAAGUAAUGAGACAAAACACCAUGACCACAAUAACAUAACAAGUGACAAUGUUCGACCAUGCUGAAAUAUUUUCAAGUGUAACAAGCACUCUGGACCCAAGAGCCCUAUCCUGAUUCUUACUGCGCAUGCUCGACAAAAUAAUAGAUGCUCACGUAAAUCCUUCAUCAUCGUCACCAUGGUUUYCCUCGUGUCUCGAGAUUAGCCUUGUAGCGCGUUUGCCUUGAAAACCGCUGUUCCAAUAAACGCUUGAAGUCUUUACUAUUAAUCAUUGACCUUGCAAGUGAUCAGAAAUGUGGGUACCUUGUUAGUACUGCGUGCGCUCGAUUUUAAAUUAUAAUUUUUUGUUUUUAUUUUUAAUAGUGCAAUGCACUAUUCAAUUAAAAACCCCGAUCCCCGGGAGAGGGUGGGGAAUUAACUUGGCGAGACCGGGGAUUUAACGCACAUUUACUAAUAAAGUUAAUGCACGGGUGUACAGGGUAUACGCGUUCAGCACUCUAACAAUUUUAACAGAAAAACAACUUCAAUAAUUUGAACAGUAAAUCUUUCCCCGGGGACCCGGGAAAAGUGCUGAAAAUCCAAUACUACAUGAAUGUUCAAUUCCCAGCCCUGUCCCGGGGGUCUGGGUGAGGGGGUUUCAAUGGACUACUUCGACGAUAAGGCGGCCAACUUAGUUCUCAUAUUAUUAUGGGGCGUCCGGGGGAAUUAAAGCCUUGUUACAGUAAUGGCGUCGAUUGAUAUUAACAGAAAAGAUAAUUUAAGACGGCACAUCAAUCACCCUAGCCAUAAAAGAAAGACAAACAUACAAAACUUUAUAUAUUUUCCGUCAUUUUCAUUUUGAUUUGCCCCCURGCAAGAUGGCGUCGUAUCAUCGAAGUAGUCCAUUGACUAGUGCACAACAAGACACCUUGACUUUUGUUUAUUGCACCAAUAGAUUGAAAUUUUCCAUAUUCAAUAUUAAUAGACAUCUUAAAAUUUGAUUCCCAAAUGGGUUUCUGUAACAUUCAAUUGUGUURGGGUAGUGCUACUUUACCCGUGAAUUAGUUAAUGUGCCAUAGUUAUUGUUUUCUUUUGUGCCGAUUUUUAUAUUAGACAUUGACUAGUAACUUUUGCUUCAUGCGUUAAGCAAAAUCACUCUWAUCAGUUAUAUCAUGACAUUGUAAAAACUAAAAUAGAGACCUCAUUAAAAACAUUUGUCCUUCA